AUGACAUCUACACAGCCAGAGGUUCCAGCUCUAGAACCAUCAGCUCUUACGAAUCUCAUUGAUUCCGCUUCCGCAUCGGGCAACCCUCUCUCCGCAACCACAAUCCAAGUCUUGCACAAUCUUCAACAUCAACAUCUAUGGACAUCUCUCCAAAUACACGACACUGAUGCCUCACAAACUGCUACAGACCAAGCUACCGGGAUCUCAAAAGACAUGUCCGGUGCUCCGACCUUGAUCUCGGGUAUUCCCCCGCAUCGGGUCUACACGCACCCCGACCAGCAGCUCUACAUGCUUGGCAAGGGUAUUCACGAAGAUGAUCUUCGGCCCGAGCGGCUUUUCGUGAUCCCCACCGCACAAGGCCAGACCUGGAGCUUGCGGCGUAUGGCGUCUGCGUUUGAUGCAAUGGCAGAGCUUCAGAUUGUCGAGGAUGGGGAAGGGCGUGCGGCUCCGGAGGUGGAUGCCGAAAAGGCGCAAAAGCUGGAUGAAUAUUAUAAGAAAAGAGAAGAAACACUCGUUACAAAAGAAUGGGGCGCCCAGCGCUUGUUGCUAGCAAUGGUGGAUAAAGGCAUGGGUGGAGAUGGUACUGUGGUGUACUAUGUUGUACAGGAGGGCGAGGUGAAGCCUAGGCAGAACUAA